CUCUACAUAGCAUCCACUAAAUUUCAAUGUUAUACAGAAUUCAAUAUUGGUGGAGUUUUGUUCUCUGAGCUGGAUGGUUUGCUCGUGGAGCUUUCAUCGUUCUUCUGAACGACAUCAUCAGCACAAACUUCAGAUAGAAUUGAAAUGUUCGAAUUUCUCCAUAUAUGUUCCACAGCUUGUUCUGUGCACCUCGAUGUUGAUUGGUUCUUACUGACCUUAAACUUGUCAUUGUUUACCUCUUUGUUUCGGUUGUGUCUCCCAGAAUUCAAUAAACGUUUACGGACUAGACAAAUAUAACGGUGAUUACAGCUCAAGGACUCUUUAGCGAAUAUUACAGUCCUAUAGGAGGUCAUUC